UAAAUGGAGCUUCAAACUAGUCUUGUUCGUUUAAGCUCUCUCUUCUUUCUGUCAUUCCAUGCUAUUCUCUUCAUAUUUAUAUACUUAACUUUUCCACAGUAUGCAUCAGCAGGCAUACUUGGGAAUCAGUCAGACAAACUUGCAUUGCUUGAAUUUAAGUCCAAAAUAAUUGAAGAUCCUCAAGGACUCAUGGAUUCUUGGAAUGCCACUCUCAAUGUCUGUAAGUGGCCUGGUGUUUCAUGUGGCCAUAAACAUCAAAGGGUCAUUUCCUUAAAUCUCAAUGGCCAUAGAUUUGCUGGCAGUAUAUCACCUAGCAUUGGCAAUCUUUCAUUUCUCCGAAUUCUUGAUAUAUCAGACAACUCCUUGCAUGGUGUAAUCCCUCCAGAAAUUGGCCAAUUGAUCAGACUUAAAACCUUAAACUUAAGCUUCAACUUCAUUGAAGGUGAAAUUCCGUUAACCCUGUCUCGUUGUGUUAACAUUGUUAACCUUAUUGUAGACCAUAAUAGCAUUGAAGGACACAUUCCUGAUGAAGUUGGUUCAUUGACAAAGCUGGAAAUGUUAUACCUCAAGAAUAACAAUCUCACAGGAAAUAUUCCAUCUUCUAUUGGAAAUCUUACAUCUCUGAGAGAGCUUUACAUUUCCUACAAUGACUUGGUAGGUGAAUUACCUGAUACAAUGGCCAAUAUGCGAAGAUUGACAAUUUUUGGUGCAUCAGUCAACACUCUGUCUGGAGAGUUUCCCCCUGUACUUUGUAACCUUUCGUCUCUUAUACUCAUAAGCUUGUCAUUUAACAAGUUUAGAGGUGUUCUUAGACCAGAUAUUGGCCUUGCCUUCCCAAAUCUUCAGAAUCUGUAUUUGGCCAACAAUUACUUCACUGGUUCAAUACCAGCUUCAUUGUCCAAUUGUUCAGAUCUUCUGAGGCUUGAUAUUCCUACGAACAAUUUCACGGGAAAUAUACCGUUGAGUUUUGGCAACCUCAAGAAUCUGCUCUGGCUUAAUGUUCGCAGUAACCAGCUUGGAAGUGGUGCACCUGAUGAUCUAAAUUUCAUAAAUGCUUUAACCAGUUGCAGAAAGCUUGAGUUCCUGGACAUUGCUGACAACAAAUUUGGAGGUAUUUUGCCUUACUCUAUAACUAAUCUCUCGACAACUUUGAUAAAACUACUGAUUGGGAACAACAGGAUAAGUGGAACCAUACCUAGAGAGAUCUCCAACCUUGUCAAUUUGGAUGUGCUUAACAUCAAAGGAACUCUUAUCAAUGGUAGCAUUCCUGAUUCUAUUGGAAUGUUGUCAAACUUGAAAAAUCUCCACAUGGAAUCAAAUCAGUUGGCAGGAAAUAUCCCCUCUUCCUUGGGAAACAUCACAGGAUUGCUGCACAUUUAUUUGCAGGACAAUAGCUUGGAAGGAACCAUACCUUCAAGUUUAGGAAAUUGUACAUCUCUCCAAACCUUAGACAUUUCCCAGAAUAAACUUGGUGGUAGUAUACCAAAACAAGUCGUAGCACUCUCCUCCUUAUCGGUACUCCUUAACAUGUCGUAUAACUCUCUGAGUGGUCCCUUGCCCGUGGAAAUAGGUAAUCUGACCAAUCUUGCUGCACUUGACAUAUCAAACAACAAAUUAUCUGGUGAAAUUCCACACACACUGGACAGUUGUUCAUCCCUUGAAGUACUCUUCAUGAAGGGAAACCUCUUUGAAGGAACAAUUCCUCCUCUGAAUAAUUUGAAAAACAUUCUGCAUCUUGAUCUUUCCUGUAAUAACUUGUCAGGCAACAUUCCCAACAGUAUUGCCCAGCAUUUCUCUUUACAGAAUCUCAACUUGUCAUUUAACCACCUUGAUGGAGAGGUGCCGGUUCAAGGUGUUUUUGCUGAUGCAAGUAGAGUUCAAAUUAUGGGAAAUAUAAAUCUUUGUGGGGGAAUCAAAGAGCUGCAUCUGCAUCCAUGUCUCAAGAAAGCUAAUAAAAGACCGAAGAAGCACAUUGCCCUCAUUAUAGCACUGACUUUUGGUGCUAUUGCUGCAUGCUUAACUUUAUUGCUGCUACUUCUAUUUUGCUGCAAGCAAAAAGUGAAGCAGAGGCCUAGCUCAACAUCUUCUGUUGGGGAAGGAUACACAAGAGUUUCCUAUGAGGAUCUCUUAAAAGCAACUGGUGGGUUCUCUUCAAAUAACUUGAUAGGAUCAGGAAGUUUUGGCUCUGUAUACAGAGGGAGUCUUUCUCAAGAAGGAACAAUUAUUGCAAUAAAGGUACUCAAACUUGACAAAAGGGGUGCUUCGAAAAGCUUUUUAGCUGAAUGCGAAGCCUUGAGGAACAUAAGGCACAGGAACCUGGUGAGGAUCUUAACUGUUUGCUCAAGUGUUAAUUUUGAUGGAAAUGAAUUCAAAGCUCUGGUUUAUCCAUUUAUGGAAAAUGGGAGUCUAAACGAGUGGUUACACCGGAAGGAGGGAGAGAUGCCGCAGAAGAGAUUGAGUGUAUCUUACACAGAUUAAACAUCACAAUAGAUGUGGCUUCAUCAUUGCAGUAUCUUCACAGUCAAUGUCAUACACCUAUAGUUCACUGUGAUCUUAAGCCAAGCAAUGUUCUUCUGGACAGCAAUCUGACUGCUCUUGUAAGCGAUUUUGGUUUGGCAAGAUUCCUGUCUGACUCAGGUCAAGAUGCUGAUGUAAAUCAAUUCAGCUCUGUUAGGAUUAAAGGCACAAUAGGUUAUGCUGCUCCAGAAUAUGGCAUGGGUAGUCAAGUAUCAAGUCAAGGAGAUGUCUAUAGCUUUGGGGUUCUUUUAUUGGAGAUUUUCACGGGGAGAAGACCAACC